UUAUCGAUCGGUUACAUGGACGCCAUAUUGGUUUUGUCUGCGUGUGGUGGGGACGAAAUUUGUUGAAAACAAAGAACGAAUUCUCUCUACAAAGAUGUAUUUCAGGAGAAAAAUGAAGUUAUUUUCCAAGAAGAAUAUCUGAAGUAUUGGACAAAAAUAAUAAAGUUAAGAUAGUGUUAUCAACAACUGUGACGAGUUGUGAGGUACAGUGAGGGUUGAAUAGACAGGAGUGAUAUAAAACAGUACCAAGACUCACUCAUACUUAGUUUAAUAUUUGAUUAUUAUUCCCUGUUCAUUGUGAAAGAGCCAGAAAUACAGAGAAUGAACAUGGGGCAAAAAGUAUCAGGUGGAAUCAAGACCGUCACCUCUAGAGAACCCAGUCAUUGUAAGGGGAUCAAUCGUGAAAUAGCCUACAAUCCAGAUUAUCAAAAGCCAGCAAGACUGGAUAUGUUAUUAGACAUGCCGCCAGUUUCUAAAGAGCAACAAAGUGAACAUGGUUGGAACGCGGAUGAUAGAUCAUUAAAUAUAUUUGUAAAAGACGAUGAUAAAAUGACAUUUCAUAGACAUCCUGUAGCUCAAAGUACUGAUUGUAUAAGGGGUAAAGUAGGUUACACACGAGGUUUACAUGUAUGGGAAAUAAACUGGAGUACACGGCAACGUGGAACACACGCUGUAGUCGGCGUGGCGACAAUUGACGCUCCUUUACAUUGUGUAGGUUAUCAAUCUCUAGUCGGCAGUAACAGUGAUUCAUGGGGGUGGGAUCUUGGGCGUAACAAAUUGUACCAUGACGUGAAAAACUUUCCGGGUGUCACAUACCCUACCUUACUGAACUCUGAUGAAAACUUUGUAGUACCAGAUAGUUUCCUUACGGUAUUAGAUAUGGAUGAAGGUACAUUGAGUUUUGUGGUAGACGGACAAUAUUUGGGUGUGGCAUUUAGAGGAAUGAAGGGCAAAAAGCUCUACCCAAUAGUUAGUGCAGUAUGGGGACAUUGUGAAAUCACCAUGCGAUAUAUAGGGGGUCUUGAUCCUGAGCCUCUACCUCUGACAGAUAUCUGCCGUCGUGUUAUACGUCAACAUCUUGGUAAAAAUCGUCUCCAAGAAAUUCAUCGUUUACCAUUGCCAACUUCAGUGAAAAACUACCUGUUAUAUCAAUCUUAGUGUAUCGUUAAGCCACCUUAGAGCGUGUGUUCAUCCGUCAUCAACUAUACAUACAGUCGUCAUCUCUCAGAGAACAUGUCACAUCCACGCCGGCUUAUCUUAUAAUAAUGUAGUACUUAGUGCUUGUGAUUCACUUAUACUGUAUCUGUCAACAGCAUUUUCUAUACCAGUUUUCUGAAGUAAUUUCUUUUUAACUUUGUCAGUUUGAAAUACAAUACACUAAAUGCAUUUAGAUUUCAUAUGUCUACAAUUAGAUACCUGCCAGUAUAAUAAAUAUUAACCAGCUCAGACAGUUGACAUACACCAGUUAGAGAGUUAACCAGCUCAGACAGUUGACAAACACCAGUUAGAGAACCAGCUCAGACAGUUGACAUACACCAGUUAGAGAGUAUAUUAUAAUACUGCACGUUUGUAACAUCAUUUUUCAUUGGAUAAUCGUGAGAUUUAUAUAGUUUUAUAUACAUGGCUGCUACCGAUUCAUGAAGAAAUCUACAUUUGUGUCUCUAAAAAUGAUGCUUGCUGUAUUAUAAAUUCGUUAUAAAGAUCGUUGACAGGUUAUAUGGUCGUAUAUAAAUGGCUGUUUGCUAUAUAACCCUCGCCUAACGGCUCGGGUUAUAUUUACAAAAAGCCGUUUAUAUAUGGCAAUAUAACCUGUCAACGAUCUUUAUAACUAAUAAUAUAACUCAAUGUUAAGAUAGGUGUUUUUCACUUUUUGUUCUCAUUUAUUUAGAAUAACAUUAAAUCCCAAGUUUUCAUACAGGUACUUGGCAUAUCUACAUCUAAUACGCAAAGUGUGUCUUGUAGUCUAAAAUAUAUAUAGUAAGAAUCGCUUAUACAUUGUAUUAAUGGGUCUUUACUUUCAGAUCCUUACUGACCUUUGACCCAGGUCUUGACCUUAAAUAUUAUAGUUAAAGAUGAUUUACAUGUAUAUCAAAGUAUAUCAUUUUCUGUAAUGAGAUUUUAGACAAGAAAUUAACAACAACAGCUACUUAUCCUACAAAUUGUCGAUGUUAGUUACUAUUAACUGGUUUCUCAUAAUAACAAUUAACUAAUAUGAAGAAUUUAGUAUACAUGUAUAAAACAAAAUGUUACUGGAAUAUCAUUGAAGUUGUGUUUGUGAUCUAAGUGUCAACAAUUUAUAAUUCUAUAAAUGAUAAUUUUUAUUAUCUUCUUUCAAACAGUCAAAGUGAAUUUUUUAAUCUGUACCUUUGUUCUAUAAAUAACUUUGUUAUCUUAACAACAAUACUUUUUAAGGAAUUUUACUUGUCCUAGGUGUUAUUUACUUAUUGAGAUUUUAAAAAGUAAAUUUGCAUGCAAAAUUUUAUUUUUUAACAUUUUUAUCUUUAUAAAUAAAAAGGAUAAUUUGGUUUUGAAUUUAAGUUACAACUUUUAUUCAUUUUAUAAAAUCAAUUCAUUUAUGGAAAAUUCAGUAGAA